UUUAAGUGACACUUGUUGCUACAGCAGGAUAGCAAACAGUAUUUUCAUCUGGACAAACACAGCGUGGGUUAUAGAGGCUGGAACCAGGUCACAUAUAAAUGCUUGUUCUCCUACAGCGACAGCUGCAAGCGCCUCACAUACUGUUAGCACCCUGAAUAUUACAGCAACACACCCGCCCUACAGGGAUAGCUUGCAUUAUCCGCAUUGCCGUCAAUAGAGCUACACAUUCAAACCCCAAUUCACUGUCGAGCUGCAGCCUGCACAAUGGGACGGUCUCCCUGCAAAGUCAUUUUGAAUUAAACGCGUCUUUUUUACAGCACGCAUGCAUUCAUAGCAGCGGUCUUUGCUUUAGACGUUUCGUUGUGUUUCGCGUUUAUUUUGUAGUGGUAAUAAUACUGUAGCAUGCUGAGGUUGUGGAUCUGUCCACCCAGCUGUUUUGUGCGCGUCAGCACCCCUGUGCGAUCGGAGCCCCUUUGGUGCAGUCCGUACUGGAACUUGCUGACAGGUUAUCGCCCUCGGGCUGUUCGUGGGACGAGUUCCAGUGGAACGGGAGGCUGCUGCGCUGCAGCUCGCAUCCGAGAGAGCCGGGGCGGAGCAGCAUGAACGCAGCAGCGAGAAAGACACUUGCAUGACUAGUCAACAAAAUGAGCCAAAGCGAGAUGGACGCGCAGGAGCCCUGGCCCAGCCGCCGCACCAGGACGUCGAGGAGGAAGCUGAUAUUGAAUGCGAGACAGCAGUGGAAGCUGCUCGGCUUGUUCGAGAUCGGCGAGGAGCACGAGUUCUACCGAUUCACCUGCAUGCUGAAGGAGGGGCUGGCAGCCGCCGUGCAGAACUGUAUCGACAACCCGCCUCCGAAUGAGCUUGCUGAGGAAGACUUCAGAAUGGAAGUGAACCAGGGGCACAAUGGGUUUAAGAUGCGGACGUUUGCCGGCUCGGUCUUUUCUCAUUUCCGACAGAGGUUGGGAAUGACGGAAAAGGAGUAUCAGCUCUCCCUUUCCUCCAAAGGCUUGUACCUGAAGUUCAUCAGCAACUCCAAGAGCAAGGCAGACUUCUUCCUCACGAACGACAAGAGGUUUUUUCUGAAAACGCAGAACAAAAAGGAGGUCCGAUUUCUCCUCUCCAACCUGAAGGUGUACAUGGAGCACCUGGAGAAGUACCCUCACUCUCUCAUCGUCAAGUAUCUCGGGGUGCACAGGAUCAAAAUCCCAAAUCAUGGAAAGAAGUACAUCAUAGUGAUGCAGAGUGUGUUUUACCCUGAUGAAAGGAUCAGUGAACGGUACGAUAUUAAGGGAUGUCAGCUUAGCCGCUGGACAGAGCCGACCCCGGAGAGAAGCCAGGAGAUCGUGGUGCUCAAAGAUCUGAACUUCGAAGGGAAAUACAUCUCUGUGGACCAGCAGCGCUCCUGGCUCAUCCGGCAGAUGGAGAUCGACACAGAGUUCCUGCAGGGGCUCAACGUGCUGGACUACAGCCUCCUGGUGGCCGUCCAGCCGCUGCAUGUGGACGAGAGGAAGACGAGCCAGUCCCUCGCCAGCCUCAUCAUGCGCACAAAGCAGUCGGUGAACGGAAGCAGCAGUUUCUCUGUGCCGGGGAUUGUGGAGGAGGAGGUGGCGGAGCUGGUGUCGGAGACAGUGUGCAGCACGGUGCAGUGCCAGGUGAGGGAGGUGCACCCGGACAGGCCCAUCUCCCUGCAGACUGUGGGGGCCCAGUCCAGCGUCGAGUCCAAACUGCAGGCCCAGAACCGCAGGCUGCUGCCCAUCUUCAAGAACCCCCUCCACGUCAUCGACGGGCCCGAGGCACGCUACUUUGUGGGGAUCGUCGAUAUCUUUACCGUCUACGGCUUCAGGAAGAAACUUGAAUACCUGUGGAAGUGCCUCCGGUACAGAGGACAGGCCUUCUCCACCGUCAGCCCGGACGUGUAUGCCAGGCGGCUGUGCCACUGGGUGGAGUCUCACUCUGUGUAGGAAUGGAGCAGAACUGAACCCCAGCACAGCCUUGGAACCUGUACACGGCAUAACACCCCAGAAUGACAUUUGAUUUUAUACACGCGCACACACACACAUAUACAGCUCUUGUAGUGACACAGUAUAUCUCUUCACCCUUUUCAGGAAACUAGAAUUUUUGUGUUGUUAUUAUUGACUUUGAUAAAACUAUAACAAAGGCAGAAACAAAUUCCCCAUACCUGAAGCCUUCUCCUGUAUCCAAACAAAUCAUCCUUCCAAUCCAGGUUCUAUCUAUACUGGUUAUAUAUAUAUAUAUAUAUAUAUAUAUAUAUAUAUAUAUAUAUAUAUAUUUCCACAUUUCUGUAUUUGAAGUGAGAGCUCAGAAUGUUUUUUUUUGCCACUUUGUCAGAGCUAGAUACUUGGGAAUGGCAAGCCUGCCCAGCAGCAGAGUGAGUGCUGUGUAAAUCGCAUUGUGAAUGAAUGAAUGAAUGAAUGAGCUUGCUGCCUGUAGAGCUGGUGUGCUGCGAACCUGCAGUGCUGCUUCCUGUCGGGUUUCCUGGCUUUCCUGAGUGGCUUGAUCGAAAGCACUGGCUGUUUUUCACAAUUCAUUUUUUUUAAAGAUUUUUUUUUUUUCAUGAAAGCUUGUAACAUUAAAUGAUACUUAUUUUAUAUAUAUAAAAGAAAAGUACUUUAUUUGACUGUUGCGAGCUUUGCUUUUAAUUCCUUAACUUAUUGAACACACCUGUAAGAUAACUCCACUCAAAACAGCACGCUACCAAUCUAAUAAACUAACACAUUCAUUAGAAUACACUGAUGCUGCUGGAUUCGUUGUCCUAAAAUGCAGUUUUUUCUGUAAAGUUGCUUUCGUGCUGAAAGAAUCCAGAUUUGUUCGGCACCGCUGCCUGCCAAAUCUUCUGAUCUUCGCUGAGUUCCUGUGAUUUACCUGUCCGCCCUGCAGGAACCAGCACAGGGUCUGAUCCUGUCAUUGAAAUCUGGUGUCAGUUCAGUUCUGAUGCCCCUUGUCGAUUGGGUCACAUUUUGAACGAAACAAAAAAUAGUUUUGGGUUUUGUUUUUUUGCCAAUCUGGUUUCGGCUUUGUUCACACCCGUAGUUACAAGACACAAGUGCAAGUGUUUGAGAAGUCCUAUUCAUUUGAAAAGCAAGGGAAACGUUGACCGAGCUUUCUGAUGAGAUGUGAGAAUAUUAAUAAUGAACAGUGUGCUCUGACUCCUGAGGAUUUUCAAUUCUUAUAUUCAAUACGCUGUAUUUAAAGUCACUUUGAUGUAAGCCUGUUUGAUUAUUUUAUUUACCCCAGUUAAACCCAACCAAAGCCCCUACUAUUGAGGGCAGUGAAUGCGACGUUAUGGCGCAAACACCUCGCUGAUACGCACGAAUGAUCCGUGAAUCCCAGCGUGUGAUGCAUCUUUUGUUCUUUUUCAAUCUGGGACGUGCUUUGUCAGUCUGACUCGCUUUCAUGUGAACCAGUCUGAUAACGAAAGGAGCUUUGGGCUCGUACACGCAGGUAUUGCUGGAAAAUAAAGCAUGUAAAAGAUAAUAAUAAUAAAAAAUACGCGUUUUGCAGUUUUUCAAAGUGCAAACAAAUGCCUGUGCAGUGCCAAAUGUUAUUGAAAAUAAAAGUACCUGAAACAGUCUAUGUAGUUUUUUUUUUUUUUUUUUUUUUUUUUCUAGUUGUACAGCUUGAUGAAGAAAGACAUUACAGCUGCAUUGUCUGUCUGGACCUAAACCCAACUCCUUUUUAACACCCUAGUAAUCCCAUUGAUGCUGUUGAAGUUUAUUGUAUCCGCUUGCUACCUUACAAUAAACAUACAUUAUCGAGCAGGGCCAUUCAUCUGGGACGCUGGUUAACUAGCUGUUUCAAUGCUGUGGACCUCUGCUGCACAUCCACUCAGAAGGACUGUCUGCUUUUGCAGUGGAGAAAGGUCCCCAUUUUAAG